AUGAAGAAGUGGUCCGGCGGCAUGAUGAUUGUAGCUCUUGCUAUGAUACUGGUCUUCCGGUACUGCAGCCUCGUGGGGACUAAGGUGACCAAGCACCAAAAGCAGUCCGCUUACAAUUUCUUCAAUAAGCACCCCCCUUCGGGGGGAAGCACUGGAUCCGCGAGGUCCUCUACGAGAGAGAUCCAGAAACCAGUCAAAAGGCCAAGCCGUGUCAAUUUCGAAGGACUCGAUUUCUUGUAUGCUCCAAAAAAUGUCUCUGCGGAUGAUUACAAGGCCUUGCUUGUGUGGGCCCAGAUGCGGAUAUUGCUUUCCCGGUCAGAUGCGCUGCCUGAGACUGCAAAAGGGAUCAAAGAGGCCUCUGUGGCGUGGAAGGAUUUAUACUCGGAAGUGAACACAGGGAAGCCCUCUAUUAUCAAGACAGUCAAUGAGGAAGACAGAAACUGCCCCCCAUUUGUGAGUGGAUUCUUUGGGACGAAUUCGAGCGGUGGAGUAGUUCUUCAGAUCCCUUGUGGUCUUAUCGAGGACUCCUCGAUCACUCUGGUUGGGAUUCCUGAGGGUGGCCAUGGAAGCUUCCAGGUUAACUUUAUAGGAUCCCAGGUGUCUGGGGAGGGUGAACCUCCAGUUGUUUUGCAUUAUAACGUGAGUUUGCCGGGAGAGAAUAUGACGGAGCAACCGUUCAUCCUCCAGAAUACGUGGUCAAACGAAUCAGGAUGGGGUAAGGAGGAAAGAUGUCCAGCUCAUGGGUCGAUUAGCAGCUUAAGAGUUGAUGGACUUGCUUUGUGCAAUCAAGAAGUUGUUCGGGGCCCCAUGGAAGAUAAUGCGAAUUUAAGCCAUUCGAAGAGAGAGAUUUCAACCAAUGUUUCUGGGGGAAGUGCCCAUGCGAGUGAGAAUUUCCCAUUUGCAGAAGGGAGUUUAUUCACCGCGACUAUAUGGCCUGGCCUGGAGGGAUUCCAUUUGACCGUAAAUGGGCGGCAGGAGGCAUCGUUGCCAUACAGAGAGAAUCUCGAGCCUUGGUCAGUUGGCGAAGUCAGAAUUGGUGGUAAUCUGAAUCUAUUAUCUGCCAUAGCUAAAGGCUUACCUGUUUCUGAGGAUCAUGAUUUGGUUGUUGAUCUUGAUCGUCUAAAAGCUCCAGUGGUUUCCCGGAAAAGACUUCUGAUGUUGAUUGGAGUCUUCUCUACUGGAAAUAAUUUCGAGCGCCGAAUGGCUUUAAGGAGGUCUUGGAUGCAGUAUGAGUCUGUCCGCUCUGGGGAUGUCGCUGUUAGAUUUUUCAUUGGUCUUCACAAGAACAAACAAGUCAACCUUGAGCUCUGGAAAGAAGCUCAAGCAUAUGGAGACAUACAGUUCAUGCCUUUCGUGGACUACUACAGUCUUAUAAGUUACAAAACCGUUGCGAUAUGCAUCAUGGGGACCAAAGUUCUCCCUGCAAAAUAUAUAAUGAAGACAGAUGAUGAUGCCUUUGUUCGCAUCGAUGAAAUGAUCUUGAGUCUCAAGCAAAAGCCAUCUAAUGGUCUCCUGUAUGGUCUGAUAUCAUUUGAAUCAUCCCCUGAUAGGGACAAGAACAGCAAAUGGUAUAUCAGCAAUGAGGAAUGGUCAAAAGACAAGUAUCCUCCAUGGGCUCAUGGCCCGGGCUAUAUCAUCUCUCGGGACAUUGCCAAGUUUAUUGUUAAGGGUCAUCAGGAAGGAGAUCUUCAGUUAUUUAAGCUGGAAGAUGUUGCGAUGGGCAUCUGGAUCGAGCACUUCAAAAGUAGUGGCCAAGAAGUUCACUACAUCAAUGAUGAGAGGUUCUAUAACGCGGGAUGUGAACCUCAAUACAUUCUUGCCCAUUAUCAAGGCCCAAGAAAGGUCCUCUGCCUUUGGGAGACGCUGCAAAAACAGCACAAGCCCAAUUGUUGCGAGUAAACCUUGAACAAUGCGAACACGAAUCCAUAAUCUAUUUGGGCAAUCAAGUCAGAUGAAGUGGGCCAAAAUUGCAGCUCCCACAUUCUUCCGAGAAAAUAAUGAAGACACUGCUACAUGUUUCAUUCUUUUUUUCCGUUUUGAAGUGUGAAUUCUGAGUCUUAUUGUCAAGUUCAGAGGUCUCAUUCGUUUGUUCUUUGAUUAUGUUGCAAAAACAAAUCAGACUCUCACCCUGCUUCUCUGUGAUCUAGGAAGUGUACCUGUAACACGAUUGUAAGGAAUCAAAAGGGUAUCUGAUUUUGACACGUAAACAAGCUUUAGCAGACGCACAUCAUUCCCCACUCGUUCCAGUGAAGGUUGGCAAAUGUUGUUGACAGAUGGCUGACAAGGAAAGCGCAAAGAGUUGGAAGAGAGAUCAAUGGGACUUGAAAGGUAUGCCUUCAAGCUUAGGGCUUAACUCUUGAUUGAAAUUAAAAGCUGCACUGAACUGUGCAUAUUCAGAUCCUUUAUUGUUUGCAAAGUUUUGUGGCCGGGGUGGAUGUCGAACCAGUUAAUCUCUUGGUUCAUACAUUAAAUCAUUGUCGAAUGAGUGGAACAUGGCCUUUAGAAGACUCAGCAAAAUUUUGAAAAACCUGUAAAUAUAUGAAUUCAAGGUUAGAAUGAUUCGAGAUGUUGGCUAUUAAGUAAUGAAUGUACUGAAAGUCUGGUUCCUGGUAUGAAUAUGUCAAUUCAGCAAGUUCAAUUGGAGAACCUGUGUAUUCAUUUACUAUCGGAUCAAACCUGUGAUGGGUCCGGUUGCCAAUCGAACAUUGUAAAACUAUGGGAAGUCAUCGUAUUGCUGAUCCCUGAUAUAGGUAUUUUGUUGGGGACAUAGCUGUUAGAUGAAUCGGCAUAUAAUAACGGCCAUUAAGCUGUUGAUUGUAUGGAUUAUUAUGACAUAUUUGAAAGUAUAAGCUAUGGAAUGAGAGAAACCGGAAUUGUGAAUAUUGUAUGAUGUGAGAGUCAUCCAAUUUCAAUACGCAGUUAUGUUCA